AUGGCGUCGUUUCUGGAAAAUGCGUACAGUUUGGUCCAUCAGGACAACACUGCGGAUCAGCCUUCCUUGCAGGAGUUGAAAUUGCAGCUGGAGAAGGGCACCGAUGAGACCAAGAUGGAGACCAUGAGGACCAUCAUCACGAUCAUGCUGAACGGAGACCCCAUGUCCCAACUAUUAAUGCACAUUAUUCGCUUUGUUAUGCCGUCUAGGAGCAAACCAUUGAAAAAGCUGCUAUACUUCUACUAUGAAAUCUGCCCGAAACUGGACUCGAAUGGCAAGCUUAAGCAGGAGAUGAUCUUGGUCUGCAACGGAAUCCGUAACGACUUGCAACACCCCAACGAAUACGUCCGAGGCAAUACCCUGCGAUUCCUGUGCAAGCUCCGAGAACCGGAACUCAUCGAACCGCUCCUCUCCUCCGCACGGUCGUGUUUGGAACACCGUCACGCAUACGUCCGGAAGAACGCCGUCUGGGCCGUUGCAUCAAUCUUCCAACACUCGGAACCUCUCAUCCCGGAUGCACCAGAACUUAUCCAGACCUUCCUCGACGGUGAAACCGACAGCACCUGCAAGCGCAAUGCGUUUGCCGCUCUCAUGUCCAUUAGCCACACCAAGGCCCUGGAAUACCUGGCGACUACCUUCGAUAGCAUCCCGAACACUGAUGAGCUGUUGCAACUUGUCGAGCUGGAGUUUAUCAGGAAGGAUGCGGUGCAGAACUCGCAGAACAAGGCUAAAUAUCUGCGUUUGAUCUUCGAUCUCCUUGACGCAUCUACGAGUACUGUGAUAUACGAAGCCGCCACUUCUCUUACUGCGCUCACCAGCAACCCCGUGGCUGUCAAGGCCGCUGCCGGCAAACUCAUCGAGCUCGCUAUCCGGGAGGCGGACAACAACGUCAAGCUCAUCGUGUUGGACCGUGUCGACCAAUUGCGCAUCCGCAACGAGGGCGUUUUGGAUGAUCUCACCAUGGAAAUCCUGCGCGUGCUCUCUAGUCCCGACAUUGACGUUCGUCGCAAGGCUCUUGGCAUCGCUUUGGAGAUGGUUUCCAGCAAGAAUGUGGAAGAGAUUGUCAUGUUGCUGAAGAAGGAGCUGGCCAAGACGGUCGAUGAGACAUAUGAGCAGAACAUUGAAUACCGUCAACUCCUUAUCCAGUCGAUACACAACUGCGCCAUCAAGUUCUCGGAAAUCGCCGCCAGUGUUGUGGACCUCCUGAUGGACUUUAUCGCCGACUUCAACAACAACUCUGCUGUGGAUGUUAUCUCGUUCGUCAAGGAGGUUGUGGAGAAAUUUCCCAAGCUACGGGCCUCUAUUGUGAAUCGUUUGGUUUCGACAUUGAGUGAGGUUCGCGCCGGAAAGGUCUACCGCGGUGUCCUGUGGGUUGUCGGAGAGUACUCGUUGGAGGAGAAGGAUAUUCGUGAGGCCUGGAAACGUAUUCGCGCAAGUCUUGGAGAAAUUCCGAUCUUGGCCUCUGAGCAACGACUGCUUGAUGAAGUUCCGGAUGAGUCUGCGGCCGUGAAGGAGCAACUCAAUGGUGCCAAGCCUUCCGCUCCGACGGGUUCAAGAAAGGUUCUCGCUGAUGGCACGUACGCUACUGAAAGCGCUCUUACGAGCCAAUCGGCAGCGGCUGCCAGACUCGAGGCUGUCAAGGCUGCCCAGAAGCCCCCUCUUCGUCAGCUCAUUUUGGACGGUGACUACUACCUUGCAACAGUGCUGUCGUCUACAUUGACGAAGUUGGUGAUGCGUCACUCUGAGGUCUCUGAAGAGGCGGCUCGUACCAACGCUCUCCGCGCCGAGGCCAUGUUGAUUAUGAUUUCGAUUAUGCGUGUUGGUCAGUCCCACUUCGUCAAGGCUCCCAUCGACGAAGACUCUGUCGACCGUAUCAUGACCUGUGUGCGCUCGCUGGCUGAGUUUUCCGAGAAGAAGGAGUUGGAGACCACCUUCCUCGAGGAUACCCGGAAGGCUUUCCGUGCGAUGGUUCAGGUCGAGGACAAGAAGCGGGCUGCCAAGGAAGCUGUUGAGAAGGCAAAGACCGCCGUGCAGAUUGACGACGCGAUCCCGAUCCGGCAAUUCACCAAGAAGACUGACGUUGAAGGUGCUGAAGAAAUCGAGCUCGACUUGGCCAAGGCCACUGGCGGCGACUCUACUGUGGAGACUGUGUCCUCGAAACUCAGCCGGGUGGUGCAAUUGACCGGUUUCUCCGACCCUGUUUAUGCGGAAGCUUACGUUACCGUCCACCAGUUUGACAUUGUUCUCGACGUCCUUCUGGUCAACCAAACACUGGAGACCUUGCAGAACCUGUCUGUGGAGUUUGCAACACUCGGAGACCUUAAGGUUGUUGAGCGGCCCGCGACCCACAACCUCGGACCGCGCGACUUCUUGAACGUUCAGGCUACCGUCAAGGUUUCGUCGACGGAUACCGGUGUCAUUUUCGGUAACAUUGUAUACGACGGGCCUAGUUCGACGGAAACCCACGUGGUUAUUCUCAACGAUAUCCACGCGGACAUUAUGGACUACAUCCAGCCCGCGCAUUGCACGGAGACGCAGUUCCGGACCAUGUGGACCGAAUUCGAAUGGGAGAACAAGGUCAAUAUCAACUCGAAGGCGAAGACUCUUCGCGAGUUCCUCAAGCAGCUGAUGGAGAGCACCAACAUGGCCUGCUUGACACCGGACGCAUCUCUCAAGGGUGAUUGCCGGUUCUUGAGCGCCAACCUGUAUGCCCGGAGUGUAUUCGGCGAGGAUGCACUGGCAAAUCUGAGCAUCGAAAAAGAAGGAGACGACGGACCGAUCACAGGAUUUGUACGGAUAAGAAGUCGGUCGCAGGGACUGGCGUUGAGUUUGGGGUCACUCAAGGGACUCAAGGCGUCCGCGGCAUAA